GUUUUCCAGGUGCGGAGACUCGCCCCACUGAACCACCCUAGACUUCAGCAGGGGCACCGACAGAGCAGGGGCUUACACAGGGAUGAGUCACAGACUGUCACACACCACAAAUAUAACCUUUAAAGGAUUUAACAUUAUUCACCUAUAUAGUUGUGACACCGAAGACUGCGAGUCCACCGGGAGGAGACAAGAGUACAAAUUCGAUCCUGUGCAGACCGCUGCCGGCCGGUGCGGCGGCGGCUGGGCGGCGCGCCCGGCCGCCAGUGCAGGUGUGAGUGCCGCUCCCGCAGCACGUAACGUGGUAUGUGAGCUGCCCGCCGCCGGAUCGCCAGUCUCGCGUCGCCAGAUAAGCCAACGUCGACGGACCGACUCCCGUCCGACCUCCCCAGAUCUGAUACGAUGAAGUUGCGCCUGGUACUUCUACUGGCUAUGGUGCUAGCAGUGAUGCUACCGCCAGCGUUGGGAAAGAUAUCAAAGAAGCCCACCAGCGACAAAAAGAACAUCCUACGCAGCUACACCAAGGAGACGUCGACGAAAACCACGGCGGGAUCCACUAUCAAGUUCGACGACACCGAUGAAGACGACGACGACUACUUGGAUGAUGAAGACUACGACGAAGAUUAUUACGACGAUGACUACGAUUAUCUAGACGACGACACCGUGUACGAUACCGACCAUACGGGCUGUCCGACCCCGUUCCUCGCGCGCUGCCAGUGUGGCGACAUGAACCACCUCGGCGAGAUCAAGUUCGUCGUCAACUGCACCAACACCGGCUUCACGAACGCCUCCAUGCUGGGCGCCCUGCCCGACGACACUGAGGUUCUGAUAUUCACCGGAAACUUCCUGGAGGUGCUGCCCACUAACGUUUUCGGCACGAUGGCCAAAUUCGAGGACCUUGAAUACAUCGACAUGAGCAACAACGGCAUUAAAGAGAUCAAGGGGAAAUCGUUUCAUCGCGUCUCGAAUGUAAAAACAUUGAUUCUGAACCACAACGAUCUGUAUAUCGUGGAAAAGAAGCACCAUCCACGAGUGUUCAGCAACUUCGACAACCUGGAGGCCCUCCAUUUGACCAACGCAUUCACCGAGAAGGUGGACUCGAAGUGGUACAUGGUCAGCUUGGAGAUAAUCUUUCAAGGAAGCAGGCUGGACAAGCUGAAACGGUUACAUCUAGAGCAGAACGAAAUCUGGAGCCUGCGAGAUCCGGACACUUUCUGCAAGCUCCCGUCACUCGAGGGACUCUAUCUGGGCAGCAACCGAUUGUACGACAUCGACAUGAAUCUGCUCUGUCUCGACAAGCUCACUUACAUCGACCUAGAGUAUAACUCAAUCCGGCGUCUCAACAUCAACGCCACGUCGCAGCUGGACCAGAUGGUCGUCAAGAACCCCAGCUUCUCCGUCAAGCUGAUCGGCAACCCGUUCGUCUGCGACUGCGACAUCCGGCCCUUCUACCAGUGGAUGCGCACCACGCGGGUGGAGCUGCUGCGCAGCGCCGACUACCGCUGCUUCGAGGGCAGGCCGGCCAGCAACGAGAACCUGCCCAUCCUGGAGCUGCAGACGACCGAGUGCGAGCCGGCACCAGCCGCGCGCACCUCCGCCUCCUCCGUGGUGCUCGGCAUCCUGGUGUUCGUCAUGUGCGUCCUCCUCGUGGUGGUGCUCUACAUGCACCGGCAUCGGCUCGUGCAGCGCGCCAAGCGCCUCCAGCCGCACAUGCAGGUCGCCAUUCGCAACCUCAAACGCUCCCGGCAGUACGCCAAUAUUCAGCACGAGGAUGCGCCCGAAGUGGAGGUGUAACGGGACGGGGCAGUGCUGUCUGGCGGACGGUGCUUGGGGUGUGGCCAUGUGACGUCGGUGCCUCCGCCGAGCUGCGGCCAAACGCAGCGGUCAGGCUGUGCUGACGAAGAGAAGAAGCACACCAUCGUGCGUAAGCCUGUGAGACGGCCAAAUGCUUCAGUUCACUAUGACGCCAACCCACAGCGUCCUGACGUGGACAAAAUCGAGUCACGCUGCUGAGAAAAACUAUCUAAGCGGUGGACUAUGAGGCGACAGACGUCUCAAGCUACCGACCACGAGCUUUGGCGUGUGUACGUCGCUGACCGGCAUGCGACAGUGUCGAGAUGUGCGCGCGGCUGAACUGUGUGCUGAAGCCGACGGUCAGAUUCCACGAGUCGUGAUGUCGUUGUCGAGACCAUCAUCUAUCUUGUGACUGAUUUCCUGUGGCUGGCUAUGAGGCGCAGGAACGAGGUGACUAGAUAUGGUGUUACGCAAUGCGAGGCAUAUUGUCCUCUAAGCGAGUGAACGUUUGCAAUGGUAGCUUUACAAAGUUGUCAGUCAUAGGGAAGUGCUACUAACAGUGUUUAAGGAUCCGAUGUGUUUCACAGCGCACUCGUCUAAUUUCGUGAGCUGUGAAAUGAUUAAUCACUCUAUUUUGUGUUUGCUGCGCGCUGAGGUGAUAAUGUUCAAUGAGCAGCUAAUUUUGUACAUAAUAAAAAUACACAAAUGUAAU